AUGCACGUGAGCUUUGGCGGCUGCGGCUUCCUCCUCGCCUUCCACGUCGGUGUUGCCAAGCAGCUACAGAAGCUCGGCCAUUUGACGCCCGCUAGUUCCGUCGCGGGGGCGUCCGGCGGCGCCUUGGUCGCGGCAGCCCUUGCCUGCGACGUGCCCCUCGAUGCGGUCGAGGAGCGUCUGCGUCAAUCCGCGCUCGCGAUGCGGUCCCCUAACCGACACCAGUCGUUGCGCGACGACGUCCGAGGUCACAUCCUCGAGCUCUUUCCAUCGCCGCUCCCGUCGCACCUCCCGCUCACGGUCGCCACCACUCAAGUGUGGCCACGGCCCGGUGUCGACCUCCACACGACGUUUGGUUCGCGCGACGACCUCGCCGAAGCGCUCUUGGCGUCGUGCCACAUUCCUUUCUACCUCAGCCGCGACUUAUCCGUGCCACACCGCGGCGCGUGGCAUAUCGAUGGGUGCGUCGUGUCGCUCGUCCCAACCCUGGAUCACCACGUUGUCCGUCUUUGA